AUGGGUAUUUUGAUUGUGGAUGUACGUUUUGUAAGGGGAGAUGCGGGUAAUAAAUCUGUCAAUCAGAUUGUUGCAAAUGUUCAGGCUGAAGAACGGGUUAAAGAUCUAAGACGUGAGAUUGUUGAUCUGGGAGGUGCUGAGAACAUUAUGGAGCUGCGUACAAAGAAGAAAAUCAAGAACAAGAUAGCAGCUUGUAAAGACCUAACUGAUGUUUUUGUGGUGAGAGAAACCCAUCUGUCUGGACCUGUAGAUCCUGAGGAGUUUUUGAAAGCAGCAGCUCAGGGAAAGCUGGAAGUAAUUGAGAAGUUUCUGGAAGACGGAGGAGAUCCAAACACUUGUGAUGAGUUCAGGAAAACAGCUCUGCAACGAGCUGCUCUGGAAAAUCAUGCUAAAGUUGUGGAAACAUUACUGGAGAAAGGAGCUGAUAUCAACUUUAAAGACAUGCUGGACUGCAGGGCUGUACACUGGGCUUGCAGAGGUGGAAGUCUUGCAGCACUGAAAGUUCUUCAGGACAGGGGGGCUGACAUCAACGUCAAAGACAAACUUCUAAGCUCACCAUUACAUGUGGCCACACGGACAGGUCACAGCGACAUUGUUCAACACCUUUUAGUCAGCGGAAUCAACAUUAAUGCCAAAGACUGGGAGGGGGACACAGCUCUACAUGAUGCUGUCAGAUUAAAUCGACAUAAAAUUGUCAAACUCCUCAUACUGGCAGGAGCGGAUAUGCAGAUCAAGAAUGCUGAGGGCAUUGCAGCCACUGAACAGCUGAAGCAAUGGCAGUUUGACACAAAGGAGACACUGGAGAAGCUAGAACAGAUGAGGGAUGUCUGUCUAGUCUAA